AUCUACUCAUUUGUGUAGCUAAAAAAAAAUUAAACAAAAUUUUACUCUCAGCUACAAUUUCUGAGCAAGCGCUCGCUAGAGGCAUCGAGUGCCCCGACCAGUUGUUUCAGAAUUUGUUUGGAAUUUCAAAAUUCUUCACAUGCGUUCAGGACUUGCAGAAAUCUUCUCAAAAUUUAAUAGUCGUUCUGGAAUUAGCUGUAUAGGCAAACCUAGCAAGCUUCGAAGCGACUGGAUAAUAUAUGGAGCAAAUUAACAAAAUGGAUACGAAACAAGGUGAUGAAAAUGUGAUGCCAUUGGCGGCCCCACAAAACGACUCAUCUGCGGGUUCCAGCGAUGAGUCGGAGCCCAGUGAUGGACAGAUUGGAGAGAGCUCUGAGCGUCCUGAUGUGAUCUGCAACGAUUGCAUGAAUAAGGAAGUUGCCUGCCUGGCUGAGGAUUGUGAUGAAUGCUAUGACAGCUCAUCGUCGGUACAGUCGAGCUCAGCGUGCAAUUCGGAAAUGGAUGACUUUUUCAAUCCCAUCUAUGCCGACUCCACUGCCACUUCAGAGGACAAUGAGUCUGUCAAUCAAAUCUACAAUCGCCGGCACUGCACAGGUCAGGUCGAGCAGAACCCGCCAUCACAGCGCCGACAUAUGGUGUUGGUUGAGGUGUCCCUGCCGCCAGAGCAGCGGUACUGGCCGUUUUAUAACGAAGUGGAUGACUUGACCGAUUCAGAAGACGACCUGCUAGCAACGCCAUCGCGCCCCUUUUGGCGUCGUUGGCACUCGUACGACGACAUAUACUGUACAUCCAAUUCAACUAACUCGAGUGUCUUGACCGAAACAACUGGAACAACUGGAACAACAACAGAAACAGAACUAGACACAGACCUAGACCCAGACCCAGACUUUCCGUACUGCUGCUCGAUUUCGCUGACUGACACGCCGAGUGACGAGGAAUCAUCUUCAGGCUCAUCUUUGAGCGAGCUCGAACGCACCCGACGUAGGCUUCUCCGGGACAAUUCCCAUCUGCGGGAGUUGAUGGCCACGUGCAUGGCACAGCAACGUUUGUCCAGGUUGCGUAAGUGGUUGGAGGGAUUGCCAGAGUUGAAGCCACAGGUGCCGAGGUGCGAACAGGUCGAACCAUUUGCACAGCAUUUGCUCGAGACAGAGAAUAUCAUUGCCCAGACCUUGGCCAGACUCAAGAAGGAGGAAGAGGGCCACAUUGGGGAUGCGAUCGACAGUUCUCCAGACGACAAGCCUCUCGAAGGCAAUCUUAAAGAUGACACUGUGCGAUACGAUAAGCAGAAGAAUGAAAUCUGGUCUGAGCCCACAAAGGAGCCCCCUCUCACACACACACUCUCUCAUUGAUAUACAAACACACAACUCGUUCAGCACUUUACGUGUAACCGGAAGGCAAACGACUGCGAAAAAGUUGUCAGCUUACCGAUUAUUAAUUUCCGUUUCCCUUCCACAUCGCAAUAUCGUCCGAACAAUAUUGCAAUACAAUUGCACAAAAAAAAAGUCUGCAAUUUCAACAAUCUGCUCAGGUAGACAGAGCCAGUCUUCUGCUCGUUUAUAGUUUCAUUUCGUAGCUGCGCAUUUCGUUUUACAAAAACCAAACCAAACCAAACCAAUGCCCAUCAACCAAACACUAAUAUCCAUAUUCCCAAUACAGACACCAUAGCAAUACGCUUUUGUUAUUUUUACCUUUAAUUAAAAGCAAUUUA